AUUUAUGCUUUUGUGUAAUGUUGGACAUAAAACACGGUAUAAUGAAGCUACAAAGCCCAACAGCAUCCUUUUCUCGCAGCUUGGGACUCAGGUGCGUGUUUUAUGUCUCAUGAAUAUUCCGAUGAGUUUAAUUCCCAGAAAGCGCUCAUGCGCAAUCGCAGGAAAAGAGAUAAACCACAAGACCAUUGGCUGAAACCCUGCACACAUCUUUAUUUAUUGUAUCAGUGUCUCCUUGGUGGGCUGGCAUGGUCUCUACACAAGGCUGACGGGCUUUAGAGGGAUUUCUGUCCAAUUCUGGUUGAUGUUAUUGUGAUUUGCUGUAUUUAUCUUUUGAGCCGGGAGGUUUUACGUGCGCAUUGGAGCGUCUUUAUCUUCGGGUCCAGACGCUUGGAUGCUUUUCUGAGAUCUUUUGCGUUAUCCAUCAAACGACGCGCAUCCUCAUAGCAUCAUAGGCGUGAUUUCCUCAGGAACAGAAGGCUGUUUGGUCUGACUGUAUCCCAGGCAGGAUCUGAAGUGAACCGGGACAGGAUGGGACACGGUUGCGGGACCCUGUGGUUCACGGUAACGCUGCUUUGCGCCGCCGCGGUCUUUCUCUCGGCGGAGAGCCGCAGGGGCAAUAAGCAGCCCCGGUGCCCUGUGGGAUGCACAUGCACCAAAGAUAACGCUUUGUGCGACAACAUCAGGAAUGUUCCUCACGCCUUCCCUCCGGACGUCGUCUCAUUAUCAUUCGUGAAGUCUGGAUUAACUGAAAUUUCCCCAGGAAGCUUCCUGCACACGCCGUCUCUCCAGCUUCUCUUGUUUACAGCCAACUCUUUCGACUCUAUCGAUGAAGAUGCGUUUCAGGGCCUGCCGCACCUGGAGUACCUGUUUAUUGAAAACAAUAAAAUCGAGACCAUGUCACCUUUGGCCUUUAGGGGGUUGAAAUCUCUCCUUCAUCUGAGCCUUGCCUAUAAUAACCUCGAGACGUUACCCAAAGAUGUUUUCAAGGGAAUGGAUGCCUUAACGAAAGUGGAUCUUCGAGGAAACAUGUUCGUCUGUGACUGUAAGCUGAAAUGGUUAGUCGAGUGGAUGCACAACACCAACGCAACAGUGGACCAGAUACACUGCAGUGGGCCACCGCUUUAUCAAGGGAAGAAGAUCAAUGAGCUGAUUCCCCAAGCGUUUGACUGCAUAACUGCAGAGUUUGUUUCCAAGAAGACCCUGAAGUUUGAGUCUAUCUCGGUAGAGGGCUUCAGCAUCGGGAGCGAUCAGUACGCCGUGUUUGCACAGCCUUUUGCAGGAACAUGCAGCUUCAUGGAAUGGGACCACGUCAACAUGGAGUUCAGACCUUUCGAAAGUAUAGAAAGCACCUCUACCGUCGUCUGUAAGCCGAUGGUGAUCGACGACCAGCUUUUCAUUAUUGUCGCACAACUUUUCGGGGGCUCGCACAUAUACAAAUGGGACACGUCGGCCCACAAGUUCAUCAAGAUCCAAGACAUCGAUAUCCUGAAGAUCCGCAAGCCAAAUGAUGUUGAGACCUUCCGCUUGGAAGGCGAGUGGUUCUUCGCGAUAGCUGACAGCUCCAAAGCAGGAUCCACUACAGUGUACAAGUGGAAUGGCAACGGCUUCUACUCGCACCAAUCUCUACACCCGUGGCACCGGGACACAGACGUGGAGUACUUGGAGAUCGGCAGCAAACCCCAUCUGAUCCUGUCUAGCAGCUCGCAGCGGCCCGUUGUCUAUCAGUGGAACCGGAGCCAGAAGAGGUUCGAGCGCCGCACGGACAUCCCCGAGACAGAGGACGUGUACGCCGUCAAGCACUUCCGAGCCAGGGGUGAGCUUUAUAUCUGCCUGACACGCUUCAUUGGUGACUCGAAGGUGAUGCGAUGGGAUGGUGCCAUGUUCACCGAGGUGCAGAGUGUGCCAUCACGUGGCUCCAUGGUCUUCCAGCCUGUGACUGUUGGAAGCUGGCAGUACGCCAUCCUUGGCAGCGACUACUCGCUCACGCAGGUCUACCAGUGGGACUACAAGAAGGGUCGCUUCGUGCACUUCCAGGAGCUGAACGUUCAAGCACCGAGAGCUUUCUCCAUGGUAUCCAUUGACAACCAUGAGCUCCUGCUCGCCUCCAGUUUCAAAGGGAGGACACAGAUCUAUGAACACCUCAUCAUCGAUCUAAGCAAUUGAAGCUUCGCUUGAAGGUUUUUGAUGAAAGAAAGUGCAGCAGGACACACCGAAGGAGACGAGCUUGCUUUCAGAGCUCACACGCAUUAUCUAGAUGACUAACGACGCUUCCAGAUGACUGCCUUUCUACAAACCCUUUGUGUCCUUCACUAUUGUUAUCAACAUCUAGUCUGCACUAUUCAGUUUUCCUCUUUUUAACCCCUUUUCCUCUUAACAAAAGCUGUUGUUCGUGUAUUAUUUUCCUGCCAACGAAAGCUAGUCAGACAUUUGAGAGGCACAAUGAAGGAACAGAAACUGCAGAUUUCAGUGAUUAACACGUCGUAAUAGUUUUGCUAGUAAAUUGUCAACAGAUUAUUUUUAUUGUAGUUUUAAGCAGUUUGUAACUUUUAUACAAAAAUAACUACAAAUAGUUCAUCUUGCCAACAAUGUUUUUUUAAGGUAGGUUCAAUGGACAAUUUUGCAUUUUGCAGUUGACUUUAGACUAAUUCAAGCAUAAUGCAGUGAAUUUAGAUUUAGUUUUUUUGUUGUUGUUGUGUCAUUUUAUAAAGAUGUGAAAUUGUCUCUUU